GCAGGCUGAAGGUUGUCCCAGGCGCCGGCCCCUCGUCGUGGCCUUGCUCCUUCCCCGGAGACAACCCAGCUCCGCUCCCCGCACUGCUCCUCCGAGGCUAUUGUAAUGCAUUUGCUUCAAACAUGCACCGUGGCUGUCGCUGCGGCUUCCAACUGAGGCACGGAUCUCGGGAGACAGCACCCCGACCCAAACGCUGAGCGGGCACCUGCUCUCUGGCUCUGACUCAGGCCUCUAUUAUUCGAUCUUUUAGCGGUUUCAGUUCUCAUGGAUUUCGACCAGGCAACUGCCUCCGGCAAACAAUGAACCGGAACUUGUUCCUGUUCUACCAGUGCUUCUCCAUGGUUCAACGUGUCCCAGUAUAGCAGGAAAAGGUUGGAGAGCAGCAGAGUAUUGAACGCAUCAGUCCCCAAUUUAGUUUCGCAGGGUAUGCCGAAUCAGUGGGGCAGAAAUCUCACUGGGCUUUAAGAGGAGUGAAGAAAUCAGAUGAUGGAAAGAUAUUACUGGAGAUGUCUCUGGGUCAGCUGUUGCGACGGGCAUCUUCCAAAGCCUCUGAUUUCCUGACCUUUAAUCAAUCAAGUGGCUCUUCCAGAAUUCUAGACGGCGAAAUUAUUUACUCCAAGAAUAAUGUCUGUGUCCAUCCUUCAGAUGUGCUGCGCGUUCUUGGAGAACAUCACCCAGGUUACUUAUGCAUACAUUUGGAAAAGGAUGAAUCACUGGGAACUACUCUUAUUGUCACCUGGAUCCCAAACACCCGCAUUCAACGACAAGAUGAGGAGGCUUUAAGGUACAUCACUCCUGAAAGUUCUCCAGUACGAAAAAUACAUCGUAGGAGAUCCCGGCGUGCACAAUCUGCUGUUGUGCAACAACAGCCAAACAGCAUAGCACAUAAACAAGUUUUGACUUCACCAGAGGAUGAUGAGAUAAUAACCGUAUCACGGAGUAUGACCAAUUCAAUGUACGUCGUCUCACCAGAGGCGCAACAGAACACAUCUCAGCAUUCCCUCAGUUUGCAUAUCUCCCAUGGAACAUUGCAGCAAACUCCCAAGGAUUCAGAAAAUGCUUCAGAAAUCGCUUCAUUAGAUUCAUCGUUAAUCUGCCCCGAUGGCCGCAAAGGUCUGGAGGUUCCAACAGAAUAUCGGGACGAAGUUAAUAAUAAGCGAGAUGAAGGACAACAUGAGGCACCGGGUGAUCUAACCGCCGAUGAUGUCAGCAGAGAUAGCAUGGUUGGGUCGGAUUCUGAUUCUUUUUCUCCAUUAUGUCUCUCCCCGAUUGGUGACCCAUUGGCAGAAAGUAGCAGAUCUGUGUUUCUUGAUGCAGAAAGCAGAGAGAUGUGUGAAGAACAUAUGGCUCAUUUGGCGAGCACCAUGUCAGACCACUCCUCUGAUGCAGAGUACACUUUGCAGUUUACUGAGAAUUGUACACAACCGCAAAGCACAAAAUGGGAAGAGCAGCAGAAGGUGUUGGCACUUGAGCAACUCUAUGGUGUUUUUAGAGUUGAUUUGAGCCAAAUGCGAUCACUGCGCCUUUUUUUCAGUGAUGAAGCAUGCACAUGUGGACAACUUGUCAUCGCUAGUCGGGAAAGUCAAUACAAGAUCUUCCAUUUUCAUCAUGGUGGACUUGAUAAACUCAGUGAAGUUUUUCAACAAUGGAAAUAUUGCACUGAGACUCAUCAAAAGGACCAGGUAUCUGAUGUAAAGGCUUGCAUGCAGUUUUCAAUAAGGCGGCCAAACCUUCCAUCGACUGAGACUCAUCCCGAGGAGAACAUGUACAAACGGUUGGAUGUGACUAUUUGGCUGAACCAUCUGAAUGAAAUUGGCCAGGUGGAAGAGGAAUACAAACUUCGCAAGGCAAUAUUCUUCGGUGGUAUUGAUCCUACAAUCCGUGGAGAAGUCUGGCCAUUUCUGUUACAGUUUUACAGCUGUGAAUCAACGUCAGAAGAACGAGAAGCGCUGCGCAUUCAGAAACGAAUGGAGUAUGAGGAACUUCAGCAAAAUAGGUUGUCAAUGACUCUCGAAGAGCAAGAAAAAUUUUGGCGAACAGUUCAGUUUACCGUUGAUAAAGAUGUUGUUCGAACUGAUCGAUCCAAACAGUUUUACAAAGGGGAAAACAACCCAAAUGUGGAAUUGAUGAGGAGUAUUUUGCUGAACUAUGCUGUUUACAGCCCUGAGGUAGGGUACUCACAGGGGAUGUCAGAUCUGGUGGCUCCAAUCUUGUCAGAAGUCCGGGAUGAAUCCGACACAUUUUGGUGUUUUGUUGGACUAAUGCAGAAUACAAUUUUCAUCAGCUCACCGCGGGAUGAUGAUAUGGAAAAGCAGUUGCUGUACUUAAGAGAGUUGCUGCGAUUGAUGCAUCCCCGUUUUUACCACCAUUUGGUGUCCUUGGGUGAGGAUGGGCUUCAGAUGCUGUUCUGCCAUCGAUGGAUUCUUCUCUGCUUUAAACGCGAGUUUCCUGAAACAGAGGCACUUCGUAUAUGGGAGGCAUGCUGGGCUCAUUAUCAGACUGACUACUUCCACCUGUUUGUUUGUGUGGCCAUUGUUGUGAUUUAUGGAGAUGAUGUGAUUGAACAACAGUUAGCGACAGACCAGAUGCUACUCCAUUUUAGCAACCUGGCCAUGCAUAUGAGUGGAGAGAUUGUCCUAAGGAAGGCAAGGAGCCUUUUGUACCAAUUUCGCCUCUUGCCCAGAAUCCCCUGCAGCCUGCACGACCUUUGUAAGCUGUGUGGCACUGGAAUGUGGGACAGUGGAUACAUUCCAGCUGUGGAGUGCUCAUUGAAUCACCUGGAUUUUGACGGUUGUCCAUAUGGAGGGACGUCUGUUACUCCAUCUCCAAGAUCAGCACAAGAAGGCAAAAGAGGAGCUAAAGAUGUUUUCACAUUCCUGAGAUAAUCAGCUAAUAAUUUGUGCUGAAAACUCCAGUCAGUUAUGAAGAACUGUUUAGGAAGUGAUUUACUUGGGAGAAGAUUAAUCUGGGGUUUUAGUAAGUAUAGUUUUUUUGGGUAUCUGCAAGAUAGUUCAUGCACACCGCUAAUGCAGGUCGGUUUUGGGCAUGUCCAGAAUUGAUAUCGCUGAAAAGAAAGAGACUGCUAUUUUAUACAACACUUUUCUGGGAGUCUCAAAGCAUUUUACAGCCACCAAAGUUACUAUUGAAUUGUAACCACUAUGUAAAGUAGAGAAUGUGACAGGCAAUUUGCACGUUGCAAGCUACUGUAAGUGGGCAUUUGAUAAAGAUCAGAUAAUCUAGUUCAGUAAUGUUGGUUGAAGGGAAAAAGUUGGCCACGAGAAAGAGCAGAUGACUCUGGAAAUUGUGCCACGGGAUCUACUGUGUCCACCAACGAAUGCAGCUGAGGGUUUGGUUUUAGGCUUCAUCUGAAAUGUGAAAGCUUCAACAGUACAGCAGCCCAUGUACUGCACAGCUAUGUUGCCCUAGAUUUAAAUGUUCAACUCAAUGAAGAUUGACUUCAUUCUGUUCCAGAGUAUAAGAUUAUUAAGGAUACUGAAUCUGGCUGCCUUGAAGGAGAAGAGAGAGAUUGUUACAACCCAAUUAUUUAAACCUAUAAACCUACAGAUGCUUUUAUUGGGAUUUCUUUCAUAGCCUCAAAUAUACUGUCCAUGUUAAAUGACUGGAGAAGGAUACUUCUGGAACAGUUAUAAUGUAUUGCAAAAAAAAUUAUCUGAUCUUUUGUAAGACGUUAUGAAGGUGAACAUAUGAAGUUUAAUGAUAAUGUGUAUUCAGUGUAACAAUUCAUUGCUGAUACUAAAUGUAUUUUUAAAACUGAUGACACCCAAUUAUCUACAGUGUUGAAGAUGAAUCUCACUUAAUCAUAUCCCUAUCUUAAAGUAUAUUUCCAACAUCCGAAACAUGGCUAAACACGUUGCCUUUUCACAUAUUGCUUUUAAGCACGUCUAUAGUACUUUUAAGAUUAUGGAUUUGUGAGAGUUUGGGGAUAUUAAGAUUUUUAGUGAAAGAUAACAUUUCAAUUGGGUUAUCUUUGGGGAAAACUAGAUCAGCCCAUUUAUCAGAUUUUUCCCAUCACUGUACACAGAAAGUAAGUUCAUGUAUC